UAUAGCCAUACCCAUAUCUUGAGGGAUAUCGAGAAGAUUGCUCAUUUCAUCAUCCCUUAUGCUCAUCUUCUUUGGUGGUGUUUUUCUUUCUUUGUUUUGGUGAGUGCUGUUGAAUAUAUACAAAAAUACCCAACCAGGGACAUGCUCAGACAUAUCCUCCCCAAACAGAACCUAAACGGGCAACAAGAUGGAAUAUCGGCAUGUUUACUCUCUUGCUGUGGGCUGUAUCCGGCAGGCCUGUGGAAAACCAGAAGCGGUGGGGAUAGGCCCCUUGCUGCUUAAAAUGGAGGCCGAACUAAGACCCCACAUGGACUCUCUUCACCCUAACAGCUUGCUAGAUAUUGAGAACUAUUUCACAUCCGUGAUGGCUGCAGAAUUUGCAGAUGGGAAAAUCAAUAAGGGCAGAUUUUUAACUAUUUUUCUGUUCGGUGGUUUGCUUACAAAAAGUCUCACAAAACGUCUAUGUCCUGCGGUGAGCCAGCAAAUCAUGGACAAGAUGGCCCUUUUUAUUACAGAUUACAUUGUGAGGAGUGGCUGGCAUGAACACGUGUGCUGGGAGAGCUGUUUUGCAGAGAACAGAAACUGCCCUUGGAAUACUAGAUUUCUACAGAUGUUGAGGCGUACAUCAAAAAUGCUGUAUAUAAUACUGCCUGUGUAAAUAUAGGUUUUAAGAAUAAAA